CUGUUUCUGCUUCUGUACGGGAGUGACGUCCGUGCUAGCCACGCCCCCUUCACCGCUACUCCGCUCCCGGCCUCUGCUGCAGCCUCCGGCGUUACCCGUAUGGUCGGAUCGGGGGGGCUCCAGUGCAGCGCCGGCCGCAGCUACCCUUCCAUUGUCCCCCCAGUCCCGACACUUAUCCGGCCCACUGGGGUUCACCUGGAAACCGCAGGGCCGGGGCCGCCCGUGAAGCCCGAGUGUACGGUGGCCCCGGACCUCUCUGUCUCUCCGAGUCCGGUAACCGCCGGUGCAGCAGCGUCCUGUCCCCUCGGCUGCUGCUCGAGGCCCCCAUUCGAUUAGUGAAUGCACGGCAUGUCUGCCUCUUCCGCUGACAUGAUAGAGACGCCUCCAGUGCUGAACUUCGAGGAGAUCGACUACAAGGAGAUAGAGGUGGAAGAGGUAGUUGGAAGAGGGACUUUUGGUGUUGUAUGCAAAGCAAAAUGGCGUGAAAAAGACGUGGCUAUCAAGCAAAUUGAAAGUGAAUCUGAAAGGAAGGCCUUUAUUGUUGAGCUACGCCAGUUGUCACGUGUGAAUCACCCAAAUAUUGUGAAACUGUACGGCGCUUGCCUAAACCCGGUAUGUCUGGUUAUGGAAUAUGCUGAAGGAGGCUCAUUAUAUAAUGUUCUGCAUGGUGCUGAACCGCUGCCUUACUACACAGCUGCUCAUGCUAUGAGUUGGUGUUUGCAAUGUGCCCAAGGAGUGGCAUAUUUACACAGCAUGAAACCAAAGGCUCUUAUUCACAGGGACCUUAAGCCACCAAACUUGCUCCUGGUAGCUGGAGGCACAGUUUUGAAGAUAUGCGACUUUGGCACAGCCUGUGAUAUCCAGACUCACAUGACUAACAACAAGGGCAGUGCUGCUUGGAUGGCCCCUGAAGUUUUUGAAGGUAGUAACUACAGUGAGAAAUGUGAUGUGUUCAGUUGGGGCAUCAUUCUUUGGGAAGUAAUAACCAGGAGGAAACCAUUUGAUGAAAUUGGAGGUCCUGCCUUUCGCAUAAUGUGGGCAGUUCACAAUGGUACUCGACCACCUCUAAUUAAAAAUUUACCUAAGCCUAUUGAAAGUUUAAUGACUCGCUGCUGGUCAAAAGAUCCAUCUAAACGACCUUCAAUGGAAGAGAUUGUGAAGAUAAUGACGCAUCUUAUGCAGUAUUUUCCUGGAGCUGAUGAAUCUUUACAGUAUCCUUGUCAAUACUCUGAUGGAGGACAAAGCAAUUCUGCUACAAGUACAGGGUCAUGUAUUGACCUAACUUCUACAAACAGUAAUAAAAGUGACUUUGAUGAGCUCCAGGCUAGUGCAAGCAAUGAUACAAUCAAACGAAUUGAGACCAAGUUGGCAUACUUGAAAAAUCAAUCCAAGACGGGCGUAGAAUCGGGCCGAUUGAGUUUGCCACCUUCACGAGGUAGCAGUGUAGAAAGCCUGUCUGAUGCUCGAGGGAAACCACCCUCAAUAAUUGGUACAUCUGAGAGCAAAAGAAUGAGUGCGGACAUGUCUGAACUGGAAGCAAGAAUUGCUGCUAGCACAGCCUGUACCAAGCAUAAACGAGGCCAUCGUAAAACUGCUUCAUUUGGCAACAUUCUGGAUGUCCCUGAGAUCAUCAUAACAGGCAACGGGCAAAGGCGCAGAUCCGUUCAAGAUCUCACUAUUAUUGGAACAGAGUCCAGUCAGGAGAGUAGAAGUAGCAGCAGAUCCUCUAGUCCUAGCGUGAGGAUGAUAACUACCUCAGGACCAACCCCUGACAAGCCGCCACGUGUUAUUCCAUGGGGUCCUGAUGAUUCAGAUACAAAUGGAUCAGAUAACUCUAUACCAAUGGCAUACCUUACCCUGGAUCAUCAGUUACAGCCUCUAGCACCAUGUCCAAACUCCAAAGAAUCCAUGGCUGUGUUUGAGCAGCAUUGCAAAAUGGCACAAGAAUAUAUGAAAGUUCAAACAGAAAUAGCAUUGUUGUUACAACGAAAGCAAGAACUAAUUGCAGAACUUGACCAGGAUGAAAAAGACCAACAAAACACAUCUCGUUUGGUUCAAGAACACAAAAAGCUUUUAGAUGAAAACAAAAGUCUUUCAACUUAUUAUCAGCAAUGCAAAAAACAGCUGGAUGUAAUCAGAGGUCAGCAGCAGAAGCGACAAGGAACCUCCUGAUUACAAGACACAUGAACAAUUGACCUCACAGAAUGGUGCAAUUAAACAUUUUGCAAACUUUCCUUUAUUUUUGAGCAUGAAGAUGGAUAUAUUCAUUCGAUCAGACUUAGUGUCCAGAGAAAUACAACUAUUAACUAUUACGAGAUUGUUGUGAACUAUUGAUAUAUGCAUGUUUCAUGCCCGUGGAAAGUCCUAUUACGUUAUGUAUGAAUAGUUUUUGAUCCUUUUUUUUUUCUUUCUUUUUUUGUAAAGCUGAACUUUGCUUCUCAAAGAAAUUUGUCCAAGAUAACCUGCUCUUCAAAGGAUUUAUUUUUUUGUUAACAAAAUGUUAGUCCACUCGCUAAUGCACAGUUUCAUAGGGGGAAAAAACUUUUUCAGGACAGUUCACAUGCUCUGGAUCUUAUUGUAUUCAUGCAUCUUGUCGUUUAUAUUUUACUAUCUGUGUGCUGAGAAAAAAUGAUUGGUGGGGAAUAAUGUUGUACGAUGAAAUAAAAGCAGGCUCAUUAAAACAAAGCAAAAUA